GUUGUGAUUUUGAGGAAGAGCCUUUGGAGAUGCUUCUCGAGCCCUUCUCUAAGGACCAGCUCACUCUUCUAAUCAAAGAAGCGCUUGGAAAACACCCAGAUCUGGCUGAGAUUGUGCACAGGAUGGCUGACUCCGACCCUGCCCACUGCAAGAUUUUUGUCCACGGCCUUGGUUGGGAUGCCAAUGCGGAGACGAUUACGUCGGUGUUUGGGAAGUAUGGCGAAAUUGAGGACUGUAAGGUGGUUAGAGACAAGAAUACCGGGAAAUCGAAGGGAUAUGGUUUCAUUCUUUUCAAGAAUAGGGAUGGGGCUCGUCGCGCUCUCAAGGAACCUCAGAAGUUGAUUGAAGGCAGAAUGACUUCUUGCCAACUGGCGUCGUCUGGGCCAGUUCAGACUCCCACGCAGACUGCAGCGCCGUCCGUUUCUGUACCACCCGCGUCAGAGUACACACAGAGGAAGAUAUACGUUAGCAAUGUGUCUGCCGAACUUGAGCCGAAAAAGCUUUUGGACUACUUCUCCAAAUUUGGGGAGAUCGAGGAAGGGCCUUUGGGUUUGGAUAAACAGACUGGAAAGCCUAGGGGUUUCUGUUUGUUUGUGUAUAAGAGUAUUGAGAGUGCGAAAAAGGCGCUGGAUGAGCCGCACAAGCAUUUUGAGGGUCAGAUACUGCACUGCCAGAAGGCAAUUGAUGGCCCGAAACACAGCAAGGGUUUCUUCAACCAGCAGCAUGGUCAGCAGCAGCCGCAGCCACAGCAACAUCAUCACCAGGGGCACCAAGGGUAUUAUCAUCAUCAGGCUAAGAAAGGGAGAUAUGCUGGUAGUGGUGGUGUGGGGCACACAGGUGGACACUUGAUGGCCCCAAGUGCGGGACCUGCUGUUCCUUCUGUAGGGUUUAAUCCAGCAGUUGCCCCUGCGGCUAUAGGACAGGCUGUGGCAGCACUGCUGGCCACUCAGGGGGCUGGAUUGGGAAUUGGCAAUUUGCUCGGGGGGAUUGGAAAUCCACAGGGUGUACCACCUAUGAUGAACAAUGCAGGUUACGGAGGUCAGGGCGCUGGUGGCUAUGGAGGUCAACCUGGUAUGCAGGGGGGUUAUGGUGGCCAGCCACAGAUGGGUCAGGGUGGUGUAAGGCCACAUCAGGGUGGGGCACCCUAUAUGGGUCAUGGUCACUAGAUUCUUCAUAAAUGCAUCAAACUUUUAGUUUUGGACUCUGGUGAUUCUUCUGAAGUUCGGGCAAUCAUGCAAAUGAAGUCUUUCCUUGUAGCAAAAAGUUUCCAUUUGCCUAAAGACUAGAAUCUAAAAUAUGUAUCAUGUUUCUCUUUUUCUUACUUCUAUCUGUCUGAAUAUUUUCUAAAAUGUCUUACUUUGGUCUUAUUACAACUUUCCCAAAGGGUUGAGAACCAGUGGCUUGAUUCCUACUUCUGUGUCUUUGAGAUUUGAGUGCGUCGGUUUCCUAUCUAUUUUUACUUUGAAUUUUAGCAUUAAUAUUUCUUCCGUUUGAUUUAUUUUAUAAUUCAGCCUUUGUGCUACAAUGUAGUUUUUGUAAACAUAACUUCUUUUGAUUACCCGGAUUAAGAAAAAGUAUGGUCCUUUGCAUUGAUCUCUAAGCAGACGAUUUAAUGGGUUUCUGAAGUGGCAUCUUCAGUACCUUGAUUUUGACUAACAUUCAUCGUAGUUUGUUCUUGUAACAACAUUGGUGCAGGAACUUAUAGUGACAGUGCAACUGAAAGCCUUCCAUGUCAGUGCAACUGCCAAUUCUUUGCCUUGUGCUGUUGUUCAUCGCACAUGAGAUGUUGACCAAUACUUUCUAGGUCGCACAUAGUUCAGAUGCGUUUAAGUCGAGUAUGUUCUGAGGUAUAAAAGCUUACAGGCUACAUAAAAAGUGGCGUAAUUCUUCAUGUGGGUGACUUUCUCAAUUGACUCUUCAAGUUUCAUAUGGUCUCAUCUUCUGUUUGUUGAAAAUUGCGGAUUUGAUUCAGUAUCAAGCUUUCCUUAAACUGAUUUCUCAAAUUUGACUUCGAACACAUUGUGUUGCAUGGUCUUCUCUCUUGGUAAGCCUAGGGCUAAAAUCUUAUUUUUGGCAUCAUAUUCCCAUUCCAAUCUCGGAGGGUUGAUGAAUUUUGAAGUUGAUGCUGGAAGAGCUUGCUGCUAAUCUUGAUACGGAUAGCAGGUAAUGGCCCCUUGUCACCAGGGAAGGCCUCAGUGUAAGUCAUCAAGCAACUCCACCUUUUUGAAGAAACUAUUCUCCAUAAUGCCAUGAAAUAGUGCUCGAUAUGGCAUAUAUUUAUGUACCAGGAAACAUAAGUACUGUUCAACUUAUCGUUGUGGAUGUCUGUUGAUUAUGAUCCAUGUCGGUGGCUUAGUACAAAGAAGUCUGAUUUGAGGUUCCUAGGUAUUAAAAUUCCGGAAUAGGUAAGGACUUCAAAUUGGCUAAAGAGAAGGGAUGGUAGGGGUGUUGUACAGAUCAGGAAACAUAAGUUGCAAAUGGUUGAGACAUGAGAAGGAAUUGUGUGUAAAUACUUAUUUCGGUGUGGAUGAAUUGAUGAUCUCUAGCGAAGGUACGUAUUCUCUAA